AGACGCACCUUGAGGAGGAACAGAGAGCAGAAAAGACGGAGGGGGAGGAGGCGGAGGAGGAGGGGGAGGAGGAAGAGGGGGGCGGAUCAGGGGGGGAGGAGGAGGAGGAGAAGGAGAAGGAGAAGCAAGCGGUCGCAACGCCCAGGCUCGUCACACAUUGCGGGCGGCAGCUCCGGCAAGCGGAUGGUCCAGCCUUGGGGGGGCGGCGGCAGAGGGCGCACCCCGCGAGAUCCGACCGCCUCCGCCUGCGGGCUGGGCCGCGCGAGGGCUCUCUGUCAUAUGUAAUGGUUUGGGCCGCUCCGAAAAUCUUCUGUGGCUGAGCGCAUCCACCCUCCUCCCCCCGCGCGGCCACCUCGUCUUCGCUUCUUCCUCUUGCACGUCAGACAAGUCGCCUUGCGGUUUACCCCGAAAGCCUCACGCUGGCGCGGGCUGCCCCGGCCUCGCCGCCGACGGAAAAACUAACCUGGC